GUGGAGGAGCGGAGGAAGGAGGAUGAUGAUGGGAGUGAAUACUAUCCCCUUUAAGUGACCCAUAUCUCACAGUAGACCUACAUAUUAUCUAGGCUAGUUCUUGUUCUCGAGGAUUUUUCUCCACCAAGAUGUCGGCGUCGGCGAUAUUUAUCCUCGACCUGAAGGGAAAGGUGCUCAUCUGCCGUAACUACAUGGGGAACAUGGACAUGAAUGAGAUUGACCAUUUUAUGCCCAUCCUGAUGAAGAGAGAAGAGGAGGCGGAGAUGACACCUAUGGUCACUCAUGGCUCCUCACACUUCCUGUGGAUCAAACACAGCAACCUUUACUUGGUGGCGAUGACCAAGAAGAAUGCCAACGCUGCCCUGGUGUACUCCUUUCUUUAUAAAAUUAUCCAGGUAUUUAAGGAGUACUUUAAGGAGCUUGAGGAGGAGAGUAUUCGGGAUAACUUUGUGACGGUGUACGAGCUGAUGGACGAAGUGAUGGACUUCGGUUUCCCUCAGACAACUGACAGCAAGAUCCUCCAAGAGUACAUCACCCAGCAGGGUCAUAAAUUAGAGGUCGGCGCUCCUCGACCUCCUGCCACCGUCACCAAUGCUGUGUCUUGGCGGUCAGAGGGCAUCAAGUACAGGAAGAAUGAAGUUUUCAUGGAUGUCAUCGAGUCUGUAAAUCUACUGGUGAACGCCAACGGCAGCGUCCUGCGGAGUGAAAUAGUGGGCACCAUCAAGCUCAAAGUGGUCCUGUCGGGGAUGCCUGAACUCAGACUGGGACUCAAUGACAAAGUGCUGUUUGAAAUCACAGGCAGAGAGAAGAGUAAGACAGUGGAGCUGGAGGAUGUGAAGUUUCACCAGUGUGUCCGUCUGUCACGCUUCGAGAACGACCGCACCAUUUCUUUCAUCCCCCCCGACGGCGAGAGCGAACUCAUGUCCUACCGCCUCAACACUACAGUGAAGCCUCUCAUAUGGAUCGAGAGUGUGAUUGAGAAGUUCUCUCACAGCCGUGUGGAGAUCAAGGUGAAGGCUCGAGGUCAGUUCAAGAGCCGGUCCACCGCCAACAAUGUGUCCAUUCUGGUGCCAGUGCCCAGUGAUGCUGACUCACCAAAGUUCAAGACCAGCACAGGGAGCGCCAAGUGGGUGCCCGAGAAGAGCGUGGUGCAGUGGAACAUCAAGUCUUUCCCUGGUGGUAAGGAGUACAUGAUGCGGGCACACUUUGGGCUACCCAGUGUGGACAGUGAGGAGCUGGAGGGAAAGAGACCAAUCACAGUUAACUUUGAGAUCCCUUAUUUCACCGUGUCUGGGAUUCAGGUGCGUUACCUUAAGAUCAUAGAGAAGAGCGGUUACCAGGCAUUACCAUGGGUGCGCUACAUCACACAAAGUGGAGCUCCGGACAAACUAAAGGACAGAGAUGCUGCUAGACGAAUGGAUAUUUUCUCCCUCUGUCUGUCUUCCUCUCCUCUCCUCUCUCUGUUUCUCUGGCUCCCCUUCUGCAAUGGACAGCAGAGGACAAGCGCAGGAGGACACAUGAAAUUGUUCCCCACCCUGAACGGAUACAAGACAUCAUCCCUUCCUGUGAGACAUUCUCAACUCAGACGGGAAAGGCUGUUGCAUCACCUCUGACCUGUGAUAUUUUUUUAAGGGCUCCACACAACUCCAGCAAAACUUUUAAUAUGUGAAUAAUGAACUGAUAACUUUGUGACACCGUCUGGUUCUGGCAAGCAUUCAAUUCCUCAAUUUUAAUGCGAUGUCCCUCGAGGUUAAUUAAGAGCACAAUUUGGGGGGGAAAUAAACCUGUUUUUCCUCAGAAAGAGAAGAUUUCAAAAAUAUUACGAAAUAUAGAAUUUGGAGCAUUAACCUUUUUUGGUUUGGUUUUUUGGUUCCUUGGCUUGUCCACUAAGUUGUGUAGCUUUUUACCGUGUAACAUGCAAAAUAGUGUGUAGUGCAAAUAUACAGUAACUGAUGAGUCAUUGUCAUUUUCUUUAUUUCUCUAAGGGAUUUAAUAUUGCAGUUGGGUGAUUUUUCAUAAUCAAAAGUGUGCCAUCUCUCCAUCAGAUUGUAUUCUUUAUGUAGAGAAAGUUGUUCAAUGGAGGAUUUUAACCACCACACCACAUCUUGUCACAUCUAUCAGCAUCUUUAACUGUAAGGGUUUUUAUUCCUCAUGUUUUGUCCUUAAUAACCACUUUAUCAUCCAUAUGCUGCACAAUUUAACUGUUAUUAAUCGGCAUCCCUCUCAAAGGCAUUUGUUUUGCCGGAACCUCUUUAUCAUAUAUUCAUUGCCUUAAAAAAUUACUUAUGUAUCAUCACCUUUAGCACUGUGAACAUAAUCCCCAGUGCACUGAAACUAACACCAGCGACCAGAUCAAUGAUUAAUAAGGCACAAUAUUGUCAGAGGCGUUGGCAGUGUAACAUAACACUGUCAACGCGCUCUCAUGGGGCCUCUAACCUUGUCCUUGUGCUCGCAAUCAGCUUGCCGCUUUGAGGCAGAGACUGAAGGAAUGAGCAUGGUGCAGAAUCUUUCGUCAUAUUUUUAUCUGUUGUUUAUACUGUAUUAGUUAGUGCCCCGUGGAAAAUGUUUGAAGGACAAAAUAGUGAGUGGGGAGGGGCAGGACAACGUAAAAUAACCUGAAGGGAUUUCUUUGCAGAAUCUGAGAAUACAGACAAUAUGUUGAGGUAAUUGUUUUUCUGUGACUUUUAUAUACGUAUAUAUAUGUCGACUUCUGCAGGCUCAUAUACUUCUUCAAAGCAGUUAGUGGUGUGAUUCACUCCCUCUGUUGUGCAUGCAUUGCACCACAUCACUUCAGCUGCACUGCCAGCAGCGAAGAAGAGAGUCCUGUGUCGAUGUAUUUCAUCUCUGCUGUUAAAUACAAAAUUGUUUGUUACAAUCAUUCCAAUUUCUUGUGUGGGGACAUUUGUUCUGAGGACCAAUGAGGAUUGCUUAUAAGUGUGUGUUAUCAGGUGUUUGCAUUCAUUUAUCAACUACUAUGUGUCCAUAGGAAGAAAAGGGAUAUAUUUGGAAAUAAAAAAAGAUUUGUAUCUGUU